CAUGGUUCAGGGGCGUACAUUCCGCGGCGGGCAGCAAUCCGCUCGCGAGGGGUGGCGAGCAGUCUGCGCGUGCCCCCUCGCGAUGCAUCUACCCCGGCAUGCAGCCUGCGAGGGUAUCACACCACCAACGUUCCUGGAACUUAUCGAUCCGGCCCGCAAGCUGAGCUUUCUUUGGCCGAGCCUGACGUCACGGUACGGCUGCUGAUAGGCAGAAUUCAACCGAGCUCGGCCGCCAUUGGUCGAGGAGCCGGUAUAAACGGUGCUUUCACGGUAACCUGUUCCAGUUGUGUUGUUAUCCACUCACAGAACACUUGAAGAAUAGUAUGUAUAAAGUACUUCACAAUCAAGACAUCAAACACGAGUGCUCGCGGUCAGGGGGACUGCAUGCGUAUCCUGAUCACUUCAGGGAACCUAAAAAGCUCCGCCUUUAAAUCAGCCGUUCGCCCGAUGAUCAUCUAAAAGGUUCCUGUCCUCUGGUAGGACUCUGUACAUAGUGUACAUAGCAGCUUUUCUAACGAAGGAUCUCGCCGAGACGAGCAGAGCAAGCUCGGUGGGCUCGUACAACGGUCACGCGGGUAUUCGGAAAGGAGUCGAGAACACGAGGAGUCUCCGCUAAUAUUAUUCCCCGCACGUAUCCGACACGCACGCACCACCUAGAAGCACGCAACAAGUAUAUCGAAGCAGUUGCCACCCCGAAACGCAACAAAACAACGUCGACAGACCGAACAAGGGAAACGGGAGUAAAGACAAGGGGGAAGCGAGAAGAGAGAGAUGAGCACGAUGAAGAAACAGGCGCAGGCCAACCACCUGCCAUUUUGGACCAACUUCCUGACCGCGGGCACCGCGGCCUGCAUCGCUGAUUUGAUGACGUUCCCGUUGGACACGGCGAAAGUCAGAAUGCAGAUCGCCGGUGAGUCUGGUGCGCUGCUUGCGACGAAAAGCUCCAUGCUCUCGAUGAGACAAGCGCAGCCGGGCUUGUGGACGACAGUAUGGAACAUCGUCAGAGUGGAGGGAGCAAGGUACGUUGUUCACGAUCCUAACCGUAAUUUAAGAGCCACGGGGCCUGUCGUUGCCAGUAAUAACAGAAGCGGAGCGCAGAACAUUUACGUGCGAAUCGCCGCUGGUAUCACCACCGGCGCACUGGCGGUGCUCCUUGCUCAGCCGACCGACGUCGUCAAGGUCCGCCUGCAGGCCGCCGGUAGCGGACGAUCAUCGACGAGAUACAGCUCGACCCUGCAGGCGUACAAGAACAUCGUUGCCGAGGAAGGGACGCGGGGCCUUUGGAAAGGGACAAUGCCCAACGUGUCGAGGAACGCGAUCGUGAACGUGGCGGAGAUCGUCUGCUACGACAGCAUCAAGGACAAGAUCCUCGACUCGGGGUACAUGCGGGACGGGAUCCCCUGCCACGUGACGGCCGCGGUCGCCGCAGGACUCUGCACCACGCUGGUCGCUAGUCCUGUGGACGUGGUGAAGACGCGCUACAUGAACUCGUCCCCGGGCGAGUACAAGGGCGUCAGGGAAUGCGCGGUGCGCAUGUUCCGCAAAGAGGGCCCGUCGGCUUUCUACAAAGGCUUCGUGCCCAGCUUCACGCGCCUCGUGUCCUGGAACAUCAUCCUCUGGAUCACCUACGAGCAGUUCAAGAUCCACUUGGCGAAGAAGAUCGACGACCAGUGAAUCGACCGACCGACAGCACACCCGUCGGAUUCACAUUUAAUCGAAUCCAAUCGCAGCUUCUUGAUCUGUACUCUGUACCGCUGUAGCGUAGGGAUGGGAGAGUGUUCUUCGAGUAUUCUCUAGAGUUCCGUGUUGUUCGUGGCGGGACCCUCGCCUGCCGUCGCUCGCCCUUUCAUCCAGCGAUCGUUUAUUCUUCGCGAUGCAUUCUCCGCGAACGUCGAGGAACGAAAUAUAGGGUAGAGUGAAUCGGAUCGUAGAGUAAAUGACAUAGAAAUGAGAAUCGACUAGAUAUUUCUUGUAUUGGAAAUUAUAUUUCUCACUUAUUUCCUGUUUGCGAGACUUCGAAAUUACUGUUUACUU